UUGCCUGGUAACGGCUAUGCUCUUCACCAAACUGAUGCUAACAACAAAUCCUGUGAUUUUGGACAUUUCAGGAGCACAAAGCACCUUAUUCUCACGUAUUUCUCUCGGAGAAGCUCGUCCAUGACGCCCAUAAAGGAUGGAGAGUACACGGCCACGGUCUACAAACUGAUCAAGGAAAGUCAGUAUGUAGAUGCCAUUCACAUCCUGAACGGACAGCUCCAGAAACAUCCCAAGUCUCGGGCGGCGCUGUCUCUGUUGGGAUACUGCCACUACCACCUACAGGACUUCUCCAGCGCUGCAGAGUGCUAUGAGCAACUAACCGCACUACACCCAGAGGUGGACGAGUACAAAUUGUACUACUCCCAGUCUCUGUACAAGGCUGGGGCCUAUCCUGAAGCCACCAAAGCCUCCUUCGCUCUGGACACACCCACCACACACACCAAGAUGGUGAAGCUGCAAGCGUGCAUCAAAUACUGUGAAGAAGACUAUUCUGCAGCCAAGUCUUUGCUGGAGCAGCUGCCUCCGGACGACCCUGACUACAUCUUUAACAGCGGCUGUUUGCUUUAUAAUGAUGGCAAAUAUGAAGAGGCCUGUAAGAAGUUUACCUCCGCCAUGCAGGUCUUGGGAUACGUGCCCGCUCUGUCGUACAACAUUGCCCUGUGCUACUACAGCCUGAAGAACUAUGCCCAGGCUCUGAAAUACAUCAGUGAGAUCAUCGAGAGAGGGAUCAGAGAGCACCCAGAGCUGAGUGUGGGGUUGACCACAGAGGGCAUAGACUACCACAGUGUGGGCAACACUCUGGUUCUGCAUCAGACAGCUCUGAUCGAAGCCUUUAACCUGAAGGCAGCCAUCGAAUACCAGCUCAAGAACUUAAAGGGAGCUCAGGAGGCUUUGACGGACAUGCCCCCCCGAUGUGAGGAGGAGCUGGACCCAGUGACCCUCCAUAACCAGGCCCUUCUACACAUGGACUCGAAGCCCAGCGAGGGCUUUGAGAAGCUGGCCUUCCUCCUCCAACAGCCCUCCUUCCCCCCAGUUACCUUUGGAAACCUGUUGCUUCUUUACUGCAAACACGAGUAUUUUGACCUGGCCGCAGAUGUUCUGGCUGAAAAUGCUCAUCUCACGUAUAAAUUCCUGUCUCCUUACAUGUAUGAGUUCUUGGAUGCCCUGCUGACCUGUCAGACAGCGCCAGAGGAGGCUUUCAGGAAGUUUGACGAAAUGAACGGAAAACUGACGGAGCAGCUUCGUAAAGUGGCCAAACAGCUGCAGGAGGCUCGUUUGGCUCGAGACGAUGAAGGCCAGAAGAGGGCGCUGCAAGACUAUGACCAGAUGCUGGAGAAGUACAUUGUGGUACUGAUGGCUCAGGCUAAAAUCUACUGGAACAGAGAGAACUUUCAGAUGGUGGAGAAGAUUUUCCAUAAGUCUGUGGAGGUCUGCAACGAAGACGACACCUGGAAACUCAAUGUUGCUCAUGUUCUGUUUAUGCAGAACAAGUACAAGGAGGCCAUUGGCUUCUACGAACCUAUCGUCAAGAAGCACUACGACAGUAUCCUUAACGUGAGCGCUGUGGUCCUGGCAAAUCUGUGUGUGUCCUACAUCAUGACCAGCCAGAAUGAAGAGGCAGAGGAGCUGAUGAGGAAGAUCGAGAAAGAGGAGGAGCAGAUUUCAUACGACGACCCCGAUAAGAAAGUCUUCCACCUGUGCAUCGUCAACUUGGUGAUCGGGACGCUGUACUGUGCAAAAGGAAACUACGACUUUGGGAUUUCCAGAGUCAUUAAAAGUCUGGAGCCGUACAACAAGAAGCUGGGCACAGACACAUGGUUCUAUGCAAAGCGAUGUUUUCUGUCUCUUCUGGAGAACAUGUCCAAGCACAUGGUGAUGCUGAGGGAUGCUGUGGUCCAGGAGUGUGUGCAGUUCCUCCAGCACUGUGAAGUUUAUGGUAAAGAGGUGCCGGCGAUCAUCGAGGCGCCGCUGGAGGAGACUCACGUUCACAUCGGUAAAAACACGGUCACGUACGAAGCGCGAGUUUUAAAGGCACUUUUUUAUGAUGUCACCGGGUGGAACAAAUGAAUGGACCAAUGAAUGAACUGGACAGUGAAACAUGGAAGAGCGGACGAAUAUCACUGCUUUAAAUUUGUUUUUACACUUAAAGUCACACUGUGUAACUUUGUGGAGGCGGAAAGUCACCUGCAUGAUUCCAUGAUCAGAUUUAAUGCCUUACUGUGGAAUAUUAUAGCCAAGGACAGACCCUUGUUUGUGUUCUCCUUUGGAUCAUUUAUGUAUAGAACUAGAGUGGAAAUGAUGUCCUGGUUUACACCUGGAAUUAUUAUUUAUUUUAUAGACCUGGUUUAGACCUGGUGGUACUCAAAGCUGAACCUUUGUGGUACUUCUGUGUUUUGGUCUGAAAUAAAAACUCUUGAGAAAGUCAUUAAUAUAAACAUGAGGAUUUUUUUUCCGUUCUUUUCUUAUCUGUAUCGUUGUUGUUUUUUUCUGAGACUUGAUUCAAAAUGUGUCCACACAAACGUGUCCACACAAACGUGUCCAUACACUUCGUCUUAUUGUCGCACAAACCACACAAACGAGGCGUCACACUUGGAUCAUUCUCUUGAGCAGGUUUUGGGCUUUCAGAGUUUGGUUGAUUCUUCUGAACAUAUUUCUUAAGGAUGACUGUAGUUUCAGAAAAAGGCAGCUGGGUACAUUCAUAUAAGAAAUCCACCUUAAGACUGUUGUUAUCUGUUUACAGCAAAAAUAUUUAUGUAAAAUAAAAGUGGAUUUG